CUAGUGUGUCACCAGGCCAUGUGGUGUGCUGGACAGUUCUAGAAGAAGCUGAAGGAUUAAAUCACCUGUUAUUGGCGGUCGUGUGGAGUUAACUGGUGUCAUUUAGAAGAAAAGUACAUUUUCUUUUGUUAUUCAUAAUAGCAAUAGUAAUAUAACAGACGGAAUCGCACCGGUGUUUACGAUACGUAAUAAUGCUGAAAGUGGGAAAAACAGUUGUGAGAGUUCUGUCCAGCUCCUCGAACUGCGCGAAAACUGUACCGCCUGUAGUUAAAAAGGCUUGCUGGCAUGGAUGGAUGGAACAGCCCCUUCUGACUACAGCCAGACGUGAAUAUGCUUCGGAAGCAAUCAAAGGAGCUGUGAUUGGCAUUGACCUUGGCACCACAAAUUCCUGUGUUGCUGUCAUGGAGGGGAAGCAAGCAAAGGUCCUUGAAAACGCAGAGGGAGCAAGGACAACUCCUUCUGUCAUAGCUUUUACAGCUGAUGGAGAGAGACUGGCAGGCAUGCCAGCCAAAAGGCAAGCUGUCACGAAUCCUAAAAACACACUCUACGCUACCAAACGUCUGAUUGGGCGGCGCUAUGACGAUCCAGAAGUUCAAAAGGAUUUGAAAAAUGUCCCAUACAAGAUAGUGCGUGCAUCCAAUGGGGAUGCUUGGAUAGAAGCCCAUGGCAAGUUGUACUCCCCUAGCCAGACUGGUGCUUUUGUCUUGAUGAAGAUGAAGGAGACAGCAGAGAACUACUUGGGCCAUACUGUCAAGAAUGCUGUUGUGACUGUGCCAGCCUAUUUUAAUGAUUCUCAAAGACAGGCAACUAAGGAUGCUGGUCAGAUUGCAGGCCUUAAUGUACUCAGAGUCAUCAAUGAACCUACAGCAGCUGCUCUGGCGUAUGGACUUGAUAAGACUCAGGACAAAAUUAUUGCAGUGUAUGAUCUUGGUGGUGGUACCUUUGAUAUCUCAGUCCUGGAGAUCCAGAAGGGAGUUUUUGAAGUGAAAUCUACCAAUGGUGACACAUUCUUAGGUGGAGAAGAUUUUGAUCAGCUCUUGUUACAGCAUAUAGUAAAAGAGUUCAAAAGAGAGACAGGUGUGGAUCUAACCAAAGACAAUAUGGCAUUGCAAAGGGUGAGAGAGGCUGCUGAGAAAGCCAAAUGUGAACUUUCUUCUUCCCUGCAGACUGACAUCAAUCUGCCUUAUCUAACAAUGGACAGCUCUGGUCCCAAACACCUGAACAUGAAGCUUACCCGAUCCCAGUUUGAGGGCAUUGUGGCAGAUCUGAUCCGCAGGACUGUAGCUCCCUGUCAGAAGGCCAUGCAAGAUGCUGAAGUCUCCAAGAGUGACAUUGGAGAAGUGCUGCUGGUUGGAGGAAUGACUCGUAUGCCAAAAGUUCAGCAGACAGUUCAGGACAUGUUUGGCCGUGCUCCUAGCAAGUCUGUAAAUCCAGAUGAAGCUGUAGCUAUUGGUGCAGCCAUCCAAGGAGGCGUACUAGCUGGGGAUGUGACAGAUGUGCUCUUGCUGGACGUCACUCCACUUUCUCUGGGCAUUGAAACUCUAGGAGGUGUCUUUACCAAACUGAUCAACCGGAAUACAACUAUUCCCACAAAGAAAAGCCAGGUGUUUUCUACAGCUGCUGAUGGUCAAACACAAGUUGAAAUUAAAGUUUGCCAGGGUGAGCGGGAGAUGGCAGCAGAUAACAAGCUCCUUGGACAGUUCACUCUGGUUGGCAUCCCCCCGGCUCCUCGUGGAGUCCCACAGAUUGAAGUCACUUUUGAUAUUGAUGCCAAUGGAAUUGUGCAUGUUUCUGCUAAAGACAAAGGCACUGGACGUGAACAGCAGAUUGUCAUCCAAUCCUCUGGUGGCCUCAGUAAGGAUGACAUUGAGAACAUGAUCAAGAAUGCAGAAAAGUAUGCAGAAGAGGACAGAAGAAGAAAGGACCGUGUUGAGGCUGUCAACAUGGCUGAAGGCAUUGUCCAUGAUACAGAGUCAAAAAUGGAGGAGUUCAAGGAUCAGCUACCCAUGGAUGAGUGUAACAAAUUGAGAGAUGAAAUCGCUAAAGUACGAGACCUGUUGUCACGGAAGGACACAGAGACUGGCGAGACCAUCAAACAGGCUGCUACAAGUCUACAGCAGGCAUCUCUAAAGCUCUUUGAGAUGGCUUACAAGAAGAUGGCAUCUGAGAGAGAUGGCAGCAGUUCAAGUGGAACAGAGACUGGAGAAAAAAAGGAGGGACAACAGUAGAGCCUUUACAGUUGUGAAGGAAAUGAAGUGCUUGGGAAUGUAAACUGUUGAGUUGCAUUCAUGUUCUCAAAUGCUGUGUUUUUGCAGUAUAACAAAGUACAUUUGUGAUCACUGUAUUGCUGCCCCCCAUGGAACUUAAUUUGUAUUCCCCUGGCAUAGAAGUCUUGGUUGCAUGAACAGUAGUAAAUAUAGUAGUAAUUUGUCUGUGAUUAAGUAUGUGCUGUCCUAUUGUGCUUUUCCAUUUACAAUGAAGUUUAUAUUAAAAUUUUGUUUAUGGAGAUAAAAUCCUGCCCACUGAUGUCUAAACAGAAGUAUGAGUAAUUUCGUAGAAUGCUUAUCUUUUUAAGAUAUAGCAGUAUUAGGUACUUUUGUUGUCUUUAUUUUAGCAUUUUAUAUGUGCUGAUCGCUCAUUGUGUAGGACUACUCAAAGUAUCCAGAGCUGGCAAUAUAAUAAAGUGUCUCAGUGGAAAAAAA